AUGCGUGUCUGGAUCAAUCCCACCGACGUUGGCCGGCACCACACGACCAACGACGACAAGAGAGAGCAGAUCUGUCGUGAUAUCGAUAACAACGGUUUUGACUGGCAGGUGUGGGCUGUGGCCGCCUCGGGCUUCUUCACCGACUCAUACAACUUAUUCGCUACAAAUGUCAUUCUCCCGUGUCUGGCCUUCGUCUACUGGCCUGAUGACAACUCCGGCAGAGAGGGCAAGAUCAACAUUAUCACGCUAGUCGGCUCGUGUCUCGGGCAGCUGAUCUUCGGAUUCCUCGCCGAUAGAUAUGGGCGUAGGAAAUUAUAUGGCUUCGAGCUGAUUGUCGUCAUCUUUGGCACCCUUGGCGUCGCGCAGAGCUCGGCGGGGUAUAAUGACUCCAUGUCCAUCCUGUCAUGGAUGAUGUUCUGGCGGUUUUUCGUGGGGGUAGGCAUAGGGGCCGAGUACCCCCUAAGUGCUGUCAUCACAGCAGAAUUCGCCGCCCGCCAAUCCCGGGCCCGCAUGAUGGCCGCCGUCUUCAUCAUGCAACCCAUCGGCCAACUAAUGGCCUCCCUCGUCGGCCUCAUCGUCCUCCUCACCGUCGGCCGCGCCGGCGGCCUGCACCUGAUGCAAGACGACGACGAAGCCGCCAAAAAGAUCGUCGACAGCAUCUGGCGCUGGGUCAUCGGCGUCGGCGCCAUCCCCGCCCUAAUCGCCAUCGGCUUCCGUCUCACCAUCCCCGAAUCCCCUCGCUACACCCUGGACGUCGACCAAGACGGCGCCCGCGCCCUCAGAGACACAGAGCAAUACCUCCGCCAGCCAGGCGCCUCCUUUCCCACCGCCGACGAUGACAGCAGCCGCCCCAACGGCCUCGGUCUCGAAGACGGCACGCCAGGCCUCCGCCCUCUUCCGCGCGCACACUACGACGACGACGAUGACGCCGCAUCCGCCGUCUCAGACGGUAGCAUGGACAUCAUCGACUUCAGCGGCGGUGGCCCCGUCCGGCACAGCACCCACGCCACCGCCCCCCCGGACGACGACGACGAAUACGACGCCGGCUCAACAUCCACCACCUCCCCCACGCACCCCAACCCCUUCUCCUACGCCGAACUCAAACGCUACUUCUGGACCGAAGGCAACUACCGCACCCUCGCCGGCACAGCCCUGACCUGGUUCCUCCUCGACCUCGCCUUCUACGGCCUCGGUAUCAACAACCCACGCACCAUCGCUCGUCUCUGGUCUUCUAAACGCGUCGAGGUGGUGGAGGAGUUGAUUCCGAGCUGGGCAAACCCGGCGGAUGUGGGGAUAGGGAUCUAUGAGACGCUGAGGCUGGAUGGGGUGAGGGCGAUUAUUACGGAUGCGGCGGGGUCGUUGGUGGGGAGCGCGGUGCUGAUUAAGGCGAUUAAUUAUGUGCCGAGGAGGGCGUGGUUGGUGUGGAGUUUUGCGGGGAUGGGGGUGCUGUUUGCAGUUAUUGGGGGGAGUUAUUUUAGGGCUGUGGAUACGGAUUUGCAUGCCCUUGUUAUUACGCUUUAUGUGUUGGUGCAGUUGUUGUUUAAUCUUGGCCCAAACACCCUAACCUUCAUCCUCCCCGCCGAGCUCUUCCCAACCCGCUACCGCGCAACCUGCCACGGCAUCUCAGCCUCUCUGGGAAAACUCGGCUCCAUAGUCGUCGUCGCCUUCCUUCCCUCCCUGCACAUCAACGACCCCCACUCUCGCCACUUAGGGUACCUUUUGAUCGCCUUUGCGCCGCUGAUGGGGAUUGGAGCGCUCGUGGCGUGGGCGUGGAUCCCGGAGGUGCAGGGGCCGAGAGGGAGUGCGGCGAAGGGCGUGGAUGGGGGGAAGGAGAGGGGGAGGUGGGUGGUAUCGAGUUUGUCGUUGGAGGAGUUGGCGGUUGGGCUUGGGGGGAGGGGGAAGCUGAGGGGGAGGUUGGGGAGGAGGAGGAGAAACGUGGAGGGUGGGGAGAAUGGACGGGUGUAA